AUCCUUGAUUUCGUCACCAGACGGGAACCCGGACAAAAUGCACAGAUCUUCAGGGCACAACUUUAGCCGCACGACUUUGGAGGACAGCCUUCUCUUGCAUUUCCCAUCAUGGCACGAUUGAGCUUCCGGUAGGAUUGGUCGUGUCUACUGUGUACGAUGAGCAGCGAUGUCGCGUCUGCUGCCCAUAACGAGAGCAACUUCAACUCUCCCAGCGCACAUUUUCAGGCCUAUCCUCCCGGCAUAACUUAUGUUCAAUAUUCUCUAGAGAAGGAACCCGAAUUCUUACCCCAGAUUCGCGAACUGAUCUCGAAAGAUCUUUCGGAGCCUUACAGCAUCUAUGUGUACCGGUACUUCUUGUACCAAUGGGCCGAAUUGUGUUUCAUGGCUAUCGACACGACGGACAACAACAAGCUAGCUGGGGUCGUGAUAUGCAAAUUGGAACCACAUCGAGGAGGUCCUCUACGGGGGUACAUUGCCAUGCUCGCGACCAAGGAGACGUUUCGGGGGAAGGGGAUCGCAACCACUCUUGUCAGUAAAGCGAUCGACUUGAUGAUUGAGAAGAAUGCGGACGAGAUUGCCCUUGAAACCGAGGAAACAAAUACAGCUGCCAUGAAGUUGUACGAACGCCUGGGCUUUUUGCGGAGCAAAAAACUUCACCGGUACUAUUUGAACGGCAACAGCGCAUACAGGUUAUUGCUGUAUCUGAAGGAGGGAGUUGGAAGUAUGCCCACAGAGGUAAUGGACGAUUUCACCGAUAUUCCACAAUCUGUCCAAGAUGAGUUCCGAGCUGGUCCGCACGAACGAUAGGACAGUUAAGUCAAGGACAUGGUCUGUAUGGGUCUAUCUGCGUACCAAUCUGCAAUGCUGGUAGCGGGUGCAGCGAAACAAGGGCGCCACAACACGACCCAAGUCGCCCGAUCGAUACCAGCAUGCCUGGAAGCAUCAUGGAAUCCCAGUCGAGGCCAUGUCGAUCGCACCAGCUGGGAGUGUUACCAGGCCUUGUAUAAUCAGCUUGGGC